AUGGCAUCUAACAAGCCAACCUCGCAAGAGGACAAGCCGUUCUCGCAACUUCCCGCCGAUUGUCUGGUAUCUAUCCUGGACCAACUCUCUGUAGAGGAAUCCUUAGCGGUGUCUGCCACCUGCAGAGACUUCCACGCCUUGGCUGUACCUUUCGCUUAUCGCGAGGUUGCCUUAGACUGGUCCACGCGGCCUCUGCACCGGCUCCUCCAGUUAUUGCGAUUAAUAUUGAACAAUCCCGAUAUAGCAUCUUACAUUCAACAUGUCAGUCUGGUGUCCUCUGACCCAGGACUCUGGGAAGACACCCAGCCAGAUAUGGAUUGGGAAACAGAGUCACCUAAUCUCUGUGAUGUUAUCAAUCAGUCUAUAGAUAUUGUCCGGGGGGCUAGGUUCAGUGACAUCGAUGACUGGACGCUGGGUCUUAACGGCGGAAAUAUCUACUGCUUUGCAGCGAUCUUCCUUUCCCAGCUUCCUAAUUUGAAGUCUCUGCGCCUAGACUAUUCUUUAGUCUGGUGGGACGGUUAUCCGGGUGUGAUGCUGAAACAAGCGCUCCUUGCCCCUAAUGGUGUACUGUCCACGUUCCAACAUCUCGAGGUAGUAGACUACGGAGGCAACGUACCUCUUGGUGAGAACGAGGACUUUUACGGUAGCGAAGACCCUGAUGGCUAUCCUCCAUACAAUCCUGAUCAAUUCCUACCCUGGUUCUGUCUACCAUCUCUACGGCACUUGAAUAUCUGGUUGCGAGACAUCGAAGAACUGCAGGAAACGGUCCCAGAGCUGCAGCUCGACAAACUAGAAACUCUCAUCCUCGCACGAACCACCAUAUCCGAUGCGGACGUGGCCUUCUUACUCUCCCGCACCCCCAAUCUACGAACCCUCCACGUUGGGAUGGCCUACGCCUUCGGUGUCGAGAAAAUUGUCCCUGAUCCACCCAUGCUCGCCCAGGCCCUGAAGUCCGUAGGUAGUACCGUACAUAGCCUCUCCCUGGGCGUCGAACAAUACCCUGGCAGCUUGGGCGACCGUUUCUGGGGCGGUGAAGAGGACCACAUCUACGAUUCAUUCCGUGGUAUCCUACACUCUUUGCCGCACCUAGUAUCAGCGGAGAUAUCCCUAUCCGUCCUCCUGGGCUGGUAUGUAGAAGGUGCGCCUGAUCUGGGUCCUCUGCUGCCCAAAUCCCUGCGUAGACUGUGUCUACGGGAGGAUCUGAGGAUUUUUUAUGAUUUCGAGUGGGAGCAAGAAGAGGUGAAAAAGCUCCUCCAUGCAUUUCUCCCUACCUGGCGUGAUCACACCCCCGAGUUGCAAAGUAUUACCUGGCGGUUGCUGAACCAGAAUUAUAUGGAAGGAUGGGAGGAAUUCCAGGAUGAGUUGCGCAAGGAUUGUGCCGAUGCCGGCCUGACGCUGGAGCUCGUGGUCGAUGAUCUUGGGACGGGACUGUGGAGCCGGGAUGAGUCUCCUUUUUGA